AAACAAUGGAAAGGACUCUCAACCUCAAGUGUCUUAUUUCUUUCCUCUUCCUUACUUUUGUCAUCAAAGGAUCAUGUAAUGACUCAUGUCCAUUGAAAAGUCUUAAUAUUGUUCAAACAAAAACUGGAAAUGUAAUACAAGGCAAGCCUGAAUGGAAUGUGUUGGUGACUAACAACUGCAUUUGUUCACAAAGUCAAAUAAAGUUGGCUUGUAAAGGAUUUCAGAGUGUGCAAGCGAUCGACCCUUUAAUUCUAUCCAAGAAUGGCGAUAAUUGUCUCUUAUCAAAUGGACACAUCUUAGUAGAUUCUGAUAGUGAAGCAUUUACAUAUGCAUGGGAUACACCAUAUCCUUUUAUUCCUAUAAGCUCUACUACAGGCCCUCCUUGUAACCGACAUUAACAAGAACUUUCGAACUUUGUUAAGAUCGUAAAAUUUUAAAUUUUAUCGGUUAAUCAUUUGAAGAUCUUAAGUAAU